AUGGACCUCGAGAAGGUGCUAGGAUAUUGUUACGUAUGUGCAUGGUCUAUUUCUAUAUACCCACCUUUGUGGAAUAAUUGGAAACGCAGAUCUGCCUCUGCCAUGUCAUUGGAUUUCGUUAUGUUAAACAGCGUAGGGUACUUCUAUUUGAUCUGCUCUCUUUGGCUGCAGUUGUUCCACUGGCAAGAAACUGAAAUGGAAGACAAUUCUCUCAGACCGAAGGUUACGCACUUUGACUUUUGGUACUGUCUACAUGGAUUUGUCAUGAAUUUGGUAUUGACUACCCAAGUUUUGUGGGGUACGACCAUUUGGAAAUUCCAGGGAGGUGCUGCAAGGAUGAAGGCCGUGUACAGAAGGGUAUUGCUCGGUAGCAUUCUGAUGGCCGUCAUUUUGUUGAUUCAAUUUGUUUAUCAAAACACCAUUCAGGGCUGGAGUAAUCAGAACACCCUUUCAUUUUGUAAUCACCUUUUCCUGUUGAAGAUAUCAAUGUCUUUACUGAAGUACAUACCGCAAGUGAAACACAACUAUGAUCGAAAGUCUAUGCGAGGAUUUCCAAUUCAAAGUGUGAUGUGCGAUGUACUUGGAGGAGUGUGCUCAAUGUGGCAAUUGGCAAUACAAUUGUCCAAAGAAGCCAGAGGGUUUACAUUUGUAGCAUUGAUUGCCAAUUUUGGCAAAAUUGGCAUUGCCAUAGUAACAUUGUUCUUUAAUUUCAUUUACAUAUCACAAUGGAUUAUAUAUGGGGAGCAAUCAAAAUAA